CUUUCUUUCCUUCCUUCCUUCCUUCCUUCCUUCCUUCCUUCCUUCCUUCCUUCCUUCCUUCUUCCCCACUUUUUCCCAAUCCUGUUUUUUCCUUUAACCUCCCACAGCAUGAUUCGAGGGGACCCCUUCAGACCUCCAUUCCCAGGCUCCAAGUUCGCCUGCCGCUGCUGAUAUGACGCUGGACCCCCAUUUCAAGAGCUGACCGAUCCCCCCCCCAAAACACCUGCUUUUGAGGACAACCUGGCCAGCACUGACCUGAGAUGACCCUUCAUGGCAACGCUUCCUUUCACCUCUUUCGCUUUCCGUCUCGUUGGACUAACCUCCUUCCUUCCUUCAAGCACUUACAAAUGUUUUGCUUCUCAGAUACAUCUGAUCGUGGCUGGGUUUAUUGAAUUUAUCCGCGAAUAUCGCCGCUUUUUCACGGUUUGGUCCUUGAAAUGCCUCCUGCCCCCACAUCAAUUCUCAAUUUAUCUUCCUAGGAAAUGUCCAAAGAACAGAAUUGGGACAGAAACAACAAUCGAAUGAUGGUGGGGACCCUAAAUGUUCGCAUCGGACCUAACAGAACUGAAUCCUUUUUCUUGCCUUCCUGUUACAGAUGACAAUUUGGGGGCUUUUAUGCAGGGCUGGUGAACGACCAAAACACAAAAACAAUUACAAUUCUUGGACUCUGCUUUGAUUCCGUUGGAAUAAAUACUUGAAGCCGCGGGGACUUGGCCUGCACUAUGCCAGAAAAAAGGGACUUUUCUGUAGCUGUCUUUGUGCAAUCUGAUGAGCUCACCUUACCACAGGUGAAGUUGCAAGAAGGAGCGAAGCUGGACCCUUUAAAAUCCGGCCUGCUGACCGGAUGGAAGUUUGCAAAUUUACGCAGGGCUGAAAGGAAGGACGAGAGAGCGAGAGAAAAGCGUGCUUUUGUUUUCACCCCCUCGCUUUGAAAGGCGACGCUGAAAUUUCCCUGGCCUGUUUGGGAAGCCGGGCUGUGUGUCCCGUGGGAGGAACAAUCUAUGGGUCAGCAACCUGGAAAAGUCCUGGGCGAGCAACGGAGGCCGAGUCUUCCCGCCUUGCACUUUAUCAAGGGUGGGGUGAAGAAGGAAGCACCCCCAAAGCAAGGGGGCACCCAUUGCAACGUCUUUCUGGAACUAGAAGCGCUUCAACGGCCCGUCGCCUCCGAAUUCGAGCCCCAAAGUCUCAGCGAAGCUGCCCGCUGGAAUUCCAAAGAAAACCUCCUUUCUGGUCCGGGAGAAAAUGAUCCCAAUCUAUUUGUGGCCUUGUAUGAUUUCGUCGCCAGCGGGGACAACACUCUCAGCAUCACCAAAGGGGAAAAACUUCGCGUCUUGGGUUACAACCACAACGGAGAAUGGUGCGAAGCCCAGACGAAGAAUGGGCAAGGCUGGGUGCCCAGCAACUACAUCACCCCCGUCAACAGCUUGGAAAAGCACUCGUGGUACCACGGCCCGGUAUCCCGCAACGCAGCCGAGUACCUGCUCAGCAGUGGGAUCAAUGGCAGCUUUUUGGUACGGGAAAGUGAAAGCAGCCCUGGUCAAAGAUCCAUUUCCUUGAGAUACGAGGGGAGAGUCUACCACUACCGGAUCAACACCGCCUCAGACGGGAAGCUUUACGUCUCGUCAGAAAGCCGCUUCAACACAUUGGCUGAGCUGGUCCACCACCACUCAACCGUGGCCGAUGGGCUCAUCAUCACUCUCCACUACCCCGCCCCGAAGAGGAACAAGCCCACCAUUUACGGGGUCUCUCCCAACUACGACAAGUGGGAGAUCAAACGGACGGACAUCACAAUGAAGCACAAACUGGGCGGCGGACAAUACGGGGAGGUGUACGAAGGCGUCUGGAAGAAGUACAACCUCACCGUGGCGGUUAAGACCCUCAAGGAGGACACGAUGGAGGUAGAAGAAUUCUUGAAAGAGGCGGCCGUCAUGAAAGAAGUCAAGCAUCCAAAUUUGGUGCAGUUGCUUGGGGUCUGCACGAGGGAGCCCCCCUUCUACAUCAUCACGGAGUUCAUGACCUACGGGAAUCUGCUGGAUUUCUUGCGGGAUUGCAACCGGCAAGAGGUGAACGCGGUGGUCCUCCUCUACAUGGCCACGCAGAUUUCCUCGGCCAUGGAAUACCUGGAGAAGAAGAAUUUCAUCCACAGGGACCUUGCUGCCCGAAACUGCUUGGUAGGAGAGAACCACCUGGUGAAGGUAGCUGAUUUUGGCUUAAGCAGAUUGAUGACUGGUGACACUUACACCGCCCAUGCUGGAGCCAAGUUCCCUAUCAAGUGGACUGCGCCGGAAAGCCUCGCUUAUAACAAAUUCUCCAUCAAAUCGGAUGUCUGGGCUUUUGGGGUCUUGCUUUGGGAAAUUGCCACCUACGGCAUGUCCCCCUACCCUGGGAUCGACCUGUCGCAGGUGUACGAGCUUUUGGAGAAGGACUAUCGCAUGGAACGGCCAGAGGGCUGCCCGGAAAAAGUCUACGAGCUCAUGAGAGAAUGCUGGCAGUGGGUCGCUUCAGACAGGCCGUCCUUUGCCGAAAUCCACCAAGCCUUUGAGACGAUGUUUCAGGAAUCCAGCAUUUCAGAUGAAGUGGAAAAGGAACUGGGGAAGAAAAUGGUGAAAAGCACGGCCAACCCAUUUUUGCAAGCUCCGGAGCUGCCCACGAAAACCAGGUCGUCUCGAAAAAUGGCGGAAUGGAAGGAAGUCGAGAGCUCAGAGGUGACGCCUGCCAAAAUCCCAGCAGAAACUGAAUCUACGCAGCACGAGCCAGCUGUGUCCCCUGUACUGCCACGGAAGGAAAGGACUGCAGCCGAGGGGAGCUUAAACGAAGACGACCGUUUGAUCCCCAAAGACAAAAAGACCAAUCUUUUUAGUGCUCUGAUCAAGAAGAAAAAGAAAACGGCGCCCACCCCUCCGAAGCGGAGUAGUUCGUUCCGGGAAGCGGAGGGCCACCUGGAGCAUAAAGGAGGAGGAGGGGAGGACGAAACCAAAGAGAGCAACAAUGGGGGUUUGCUCACACAUCCUGCUGAUUUAGAGGACCGUUCCAGGUUCCCCAACCCCAGCAACGAGGCCGCCGGAGUCGCCAACGGGACUGGGACUUCCGGUUUGUUGACGCCGAACGUUUGGAAAAAAUCGGGGUCCUCAGCCAGUAAUCGCCCGGGUCCUAAUGAAGAGGAUGGCGGUUCGAUCUCCAGCAAGCGUUUCCUGCGUUCUUGCUCGGCCUCUUGCGUUCCCCACGGGGCCAGGGACACCGAGUGGAAGUCGGUCACCCUCCCUCGGAACCCUCAGUCUAUGGGGCACCAGUUUGACUCGUCCACCUUCGGGGGCCACAAGAGCGAAAAGCCCGCCCUGCCUCGGAAGCGAGCCAGUGAGGCAAAGGCUGAUCUGGUCAGCAGGGGGAUGGUCACCUCAGGUCCUCGGCUGCUGAAGAAGAAUGAGGAGAUGCUGGAAGAGACUUCCAAAGAGACCGAGUGUACCGCGGGGUCCAGCCCGCCCACCCUCACCCCUAAACUCACCCAGAGGCAACCUUUGCUUCCUUCUGCUUGUGGGGCUCCAUUGGUGGAGCAGGCCCCAGGAGGCAAAGCCAGCCUGGGCAUCUUUGCUGGCAAAGUCCUGGGCGAGGAGUCCCGUCUACGAAAGAUGAAGCCAGCUCUAGAGAAGGACAAAGGGAAGCUCUCAAAGCUCAAACCUGCCCCGCCACCUCCAGUCUUGAACUUAGCCAAAAAUAGCAAGGGGGGUCUCGGGCCCAGCCAUGAAGGACCAGAAGGGCCCCUGGUCAAGAGCAAGCAGGCAGCAAUGGCUGCGGAGCCCGUAAAUACUGAGACUCUCAAAUCCAGCGAGGGAAGCAAAAAGCCACUGAUGACCUCCGUACCAAAGUCUCCCUCGUCCGCCAAAUUGCUCUUCAGUUCCCCUUCUCCGUCGCCCCCCACCGUCUCGUCAGCUCUGGCGGCAGACCAACCUCUAUCCACGGCCUUCAUCCCCCUCAUUUCCACCCGGGUGUCCCUGAGGAAGACCCGCCAACCUCCCGAGAAGAUAGCGAGCGGCACCGUCACCAAAGGGACCGUCCUGGAGAGCUCUGAUACCCUGCGGACCGCCAUCAACAAGAACUCGGAGCAGAUGGUCAGCCACAGCGCCGUCCUGGAAGCGGGCAAGAACCUGUACACCUUCUGUGUCAGCUACGUGGACUCGAUCCAGCAGAUGCGGAAUAAGUUUGCUUUCCGAGAGGCCAUCAAUAAACUGGAGAACAGCCUCCGAGAGCUUCAAAUCUGCCCUGCCACGGUUGGUGGAGGUCCAGCCGCCACCCCAGAUUUUAGCAAGUUGCUCGGCUCAGUCAAAGAAAUCAGCGACAUUGUCCAGAGGUAGCAGAAGAGGGGAGAUAACCGGUGACCCACGUUAGAUGGCGCCGACCCAAUAUAUUUUGGUUUCUGGGACAGAACAAUGGACCUCACACCUCAGAGAGACAACACACAGACUUAGCCAUGUGGACUGUAUCUUAGUUGUCCUCUGGGGCUAUCCAAGACUCUCAACUUUGAGCCUUCCAGGUGUUGCGUUGCUUGGAUUGCUCUCACCCUCAGGAUAUGCUCGUCCAUCACUCCUCACAACCAUCUUGUGAAAUAAGAACCUCUCCCUCUAUACCUACCUGCCCCCUGCCCGCCAAAUCCAUCUUCCUCAUCUGGAAUUUCCCUCGGUUUGCUUCUCAACUCGGGGACAUCCAAAUCUUGUGAAGCUUAACUCACCUUAACGUUGCAUCAUUUGGGAUGUUCCAGUUAAGGCUUUGCUUGCUUUCAGUGUGAGCUUGGUGUUGAAAGGGUCACUUUUUCUAGACCAAAUUGACUGCAGGGAUCUCUCUCGGUGGCUUCCCUUAGCCCUCUUUGCACAUUGUCAGGUUCGCGAAAGACCAGGUUCGCGCGGGAAGGUUCAGUUAAGCUACUCCAUUGCUAAAAGCCUGUGCACAGGAAUCUUCUCAGCACUUGCUAGGAGUUAGAUAAGGGUCAACGGAAUUCAAGGGAGGUUGGACUUAGUACAUGGGGAUUCUAGGCUGAUGCCUCUUUUCACUCCACCCCCCCCCCCCCGGUUCUGCCACUCCUUCUACACACACGGAUGCAUCGUCACACCCCAUUUUCUCUCUUAGCCUUUCUGUCUCCCUCCUGCGCACUGCGGUCUUAGGUGUGAAAUAAGGUAGGGGUCUUAUGAAGACCAACUGAAGCAACCUCUCUCCUUGACACCCCCCCCCCCCCCCCCCCCUUGGAUAAAGGAAUGACUACAUAAACAAUUUCAAUCUCUUCCCUCACUCCCCUCUCUUUCAAGAAGUGGUCUCGGUUGCUUUGGGAGUGAGCAGAGGCAAUUCAAAGCUUCCACCCAAAGUCAAUCUCGUACCAAUUAGGGCCCUCGGGGAUUUGCACAUCUCUUCUUUUUUCAUUCUUGUCUUGUCUUUUCUUUUUUCUAAAAAAUUUUUAUUUUAGAAAGGAGGUCGCCCAGUGUCCCUCUGCCUGAGUCCAGGCACAUCCAGGAGCUCACCCGCUGCUUCUCUUGCAAGAUUCACUCCAUUGGCCCAACGGGGAACCUUUCUUCAUUCCUGACAUCCUUUCGCCCCUCCCCGUGUGGCGAAACCGUACAAAUGUGGGAGCAGGGAAACGUUGGGGAGGUUGGAGGGGCAGCUUUGCCACGGGAAACCAAUUUGGGGCCUUCGAUUCGCUGCCUCCCUUACGCCGAGCAUCUCCGCCUGAAAACCUUUCUAAUUAUUAUUUCCCCACCGCAAACAAACCUCUAACUUAUACCCGGUAGCAAACGUAGAUGCAGGCCUUUGCUGGCUUUACUCUGCCCUUGUGUGUCGUGCCCAGCCUAACCAGGGGAGGGGAGAGAAUGAAACUGUGAUUUUAACCUUUGAAAGGAUGGAGGGGGGAGGGGGAGAGCCCCCCCCCCCAAUUCAGAGAAAGUUGGAUAUUUCCAGAGGGUACCUAGACUUUUGUGAAUAAUCUCUCGUUGUAAUAUAGACUUAUGUUCAUAUCUCAGUAUUAAUGCCUUUUGCAGACCCCUUGCCCUGCCUUCCCGUGUGUAAAAAACAGCUGCAGCUUUUUAAUUCUUGACCUCUAUAAUACUCAACAGGGGAGGGGGGGUUAUUUCCCGUUCCCCCCGCCCUCUUCUUCAUCUCUAGCUUAUUGUUUGUCCAAUCCAGGACGCUUUUAGAGAUAUUUUCACCCCUUUUCCUUCUCCGCCGCCGCCACGACCACUUUUAAGUGUGUUCUUUUGAAGGAUUCCAGAUGGUUCUUUCUUAGUCUUUGUUUUGUUUGU